CGUAUGCGAAAAUAAAAUGAGGAUAUAACGAAUAUGCGAAUAUUCGCGAAUAUAUGACGAAUAUUCGUCCAUAUAUUCGCGAAUAUUCGCGAAUUCGAAUAUGGCCUAUGCCGCUCAACACUAGUCAUGGAUCGAUCCAAAUACAUCAGAGAGGUUAUGGGACAGCUCAAUGAUUCUGAAACAUACCGAGAGCUACCCUAUGAUCCCAAAUGGGAAAUACAGACACACAUCAAAAGGGUGCUGAUGGAGGCUAAGGAUCGAGAUCUCAUUGAUGCAUCUUUGUACAACUAUUUACUCAUCUUACAUCCAGUCACACCAAUGCUUUAUGUAUUACCUAAAAUACAUAAGACAUUGAUUGACCCUCCGGGGAGACCGAUAGUCUCCGAACAAGGGUCAGUGACUAGUCACAUCUCCAUAUUUUUAGAUGGGAUCCUAAGACCUUAUGCCUCCUCAGCCAAGUCAUAUAUCAGAGACACUGGGGAUUUUCUUAACAAAUUGAGUGAAAUUCACGUACCUGAAGGAGCCAUUUUGGCUUCCUUCGACCAUGUAAGCCUGUACACCUCCAUACCCCAUGAUGGGGGUGUACAGGCUGUAUCUUCCACUAUUUCUGCAGAUUUUUCACCUGCAAGGAGCACGUUCCUCACUGAACUUUUAUACAUUGUACUAACCAAAAACCAUUUUAUGUUUCAUGACACCCACUACAUACAGUGUAGAGGUACGGCUAUGGGGACCAAUGUGGCGCCAACCUACGCCAACAUCUAUAUGGCGCACAUUGAGGAAAGCAUCAUCUAUGUAUGCCACCACUUCGGCCAAGUGCUGAGGUGGUGGCGGUACAUAGAUGAUGUUUUCUUGAUGUGGACAGGAUCAGUCAUCCAAUUGCAGGCUUUUCAUGAGUUUUUAAACUCUAUGAUCGAUAGCAUUAAAUUCACCUUGACCUUCUCUCCCACCACAGUUAAUUUUUUGGACACUCAAGUGACGAUUUCGGGACAUCAACUUGUUACGGACAUUUAUGUGAAGCCGACUGACUGCAACUUGACACUUGACACAGGACGGAGGACACGGGCUGUUCUCACGAUGGGAGACUGUGACAGCUACAGGACACGGGUUGUUCUCACGAUGGGAGACUGUGACAGCUACAGGACACGGGUUGUUCUCACGAUGGGAGACUGA